AUGGAAUCUUCAGUUGACAGUCCCACUCCAUCACCUAUUGUACUAGUAACUGAUGAACCAAAGACUGUCUAUUCUACUAGUCUUAUGAAUCCCAUUAUGAACCCCACUAUGAAUCCCAUUAUGAAUCCCAUUAUGAAUCACACCGUGGAUUCUAUCAUCAACCCCAUUAUGAACACCACCAUCAACUCUAUUAUCAACCCCAUUAUGAAUCCCAUUAUCAACCCCACCAUCAAUGAUGAAACCUUUAUACAAAAGACUUGUAAUCCAAUGCUGCGUUAUAUUCCUCGUCCUUCUCCUUCCUUUAUCACUCCUUGUCAACCAUUACUGGCUAGUCCGAUCUCUCUGGACACUCUUCCCAGUUCGUCUCUACUCGAUCAUGUCUCUCUCCCUGUUUCAACCCCUUCUUUAGAUCUAGUUUCUACUGCUUUAAAACGUAACUUGGACUGUCUUUUAGAACAAACUAUUCAGUCCUUGCACGACUCUUUCAACGAUCUUUCUGCUAUGAGAGAGACAGUUCGACUCGAACAAUCUUCUCUCACUGCUGUGUUACAAACAGACUCUCUGCGUGGUGCUAUCACUGAUGCUGUUCAACAAUAUUACGGUCCAGUCAUACAAUCUCAUUUAAAUCAAUUCAAACUCGAUAUUUCAAACGAAAUCAGAUUAGUCAAUGAACGUUCUAGUCUUAUUGCUGAACAAAGCAAUUGCAUGUUGCGUCUAUUAAACGAUCUUGUGGCUAAAGAUGCUCAUGUUCCCAUCAUCAAUCCUUCAAAUACAAUUGUAUCUCCAAAUUCCCCUUCCAUUCAAACAUCUACUUUUACCAAUAUUGAUCCUGAUGUGACUCCAACAUCAACUAUUACAAAACGCAGACGUGCAAUCCAAGUCGUCCAUCAAGUUUCUCCUGUUCCAAAUCUAAACAUUGUUAAUAGUCCUGCAGAAACUGAUAUCUGGAAUACUGACCUUCAUUCCAUGCAAACAUCAGAACCAAUUCGUCACUCCAAAAAAAGACCAAAAAAGAAAGCUUAUCGUUGA